UUUCGGUUCUUCCGGGAGCUUUUCACGCAGAGCACAGAGCGCGUGAUUGCUUCAUGCUGUAGGCUAGGAGUGCUUGCGCGCGAGCUCUUAUCAUGAGCAGUUUAUUCAAACUUACGAACGCAAGUGUGCCGCGUAAAUCAUUUCUUAUCGGAAGCUGCGUGAUUGUGGGUGUGGCGACAUGCUUAACAUUGCGCUACUAUUGGAAACGAAGAUCCCGAAAGUAUUACAGAAACGUCGAGGAAACGUGUGCAGAUGGAGGAAAAAGAAUCCUUGUCUUGGGACUAGACGAUGCUGGCAAAAGUAGCCUCUUAUUACAUUUGUCAAGACCAGAUGCGACGUCGACUCAACCGCCGCCAACUGAAGGCUUCAACGUGGUUUGCAUUAACUCUGAGAACGGUUCAUCUCUAAACUUUUGGGAAUUGGGUGGUUCUGAAACAGUGCGACCUUACUGGCCCAACUUUCUUCACGAUACCAGUGUUCUUGUGUACAUGGUGAACUCUGCUGAUGACCAGCGGCUGCGCUCUUCUGCUCACGAGUUCCGCAGAAUUUUGCAGGAUGAACGUCUGAAAAAUGUGCCGAUUCUUGUGCUUGCCAAUAAACAGGAUCUGCCAGGAGCUAAAAGUGCCGAAGACAUAUCAACUACACUUGGGUUGGAUGAAUUGAAGCAACUCAACUUCAACGUUCACAUUCUGCCUCUGCAGAUGCCAUCAGACUCAAGUUGCCGAAGCACUGUAGCUGAAGCAAAGCACAAAAUUCUUCAGUUGUCACGAGGAUGUAGUCCUACCUUGUCGCUGUGAAUCUUAGCACAUGGUACCUAACCUAGAGUAACUUAUUCUCGCUUAUUGGUGGCAGAGUGCACAGCACAGCUAGAUCUGAUGAGAUUGCAGUUGGCUCUGCUUUCACUGGCUGGGAGCCUUGGGCAUCGCAAUGCAGAAUUGGGCCACUUGCCAGAAUGUGAUGCUUUAAUCUAGAGUACAAAUGGUGCAGGCAGCUUCAGCUGAGUAGUGUACUGGUUACACAUUCUACUAGCCAAGUACUGUCGUAUGAAGCAUAGGCUGUGAAUUACAAAAACCUAGCCCCUCAGUUUCCCUUGUUCAUAGCCAAGUUCUCUGCAUUCGGCUAGUGAUUAGAAACGCACAUAAGUGCCAUCCAAGUAGUUCAGAUUAUUUUUCUACCAUUCCACUUUUUGUAUGCAAGUACUGGUCGCUUCAACUUGCUUUUACAAAUGGCAGCUUUGCAAAGUUACUGAAGUUGUUAUGUUCCAAUUUAUGUAUAUUUGGCCCAAGCUUACUUAACUGUGAUGAGCACUUCACUUGAAAUAAAUUAUCUUGGGUCUGAAG